GCACACCAAACACCAUUUGCCCCCAAUUUCAUUUCUUCCACUCUCACUAUCACAGUGAGCACCUCCCAGAAUUUUGCCCUAAAUCAACCACCACCGUUGAUAAUCCGGACCACAAUACCCCUGGUUCUCCUUCUAACUCCCCGCGUGCUCUCAUUAUAGGUUCUCCUUCUAGUUCCCCUCGUGCUCUCAUUAAAGGAGUUAUUCCCAAGUAUUUUACCUCUGUAUGGUCAUUGGCUCAGUUUCGCUUGGUUGAGUAUAUUGCUGCUGCAUUUGGUCAUCAAAAGAACACAGUGGUCAUUCUUGGCUUGGAUGGAAAUGUUAAGUUUCAUGACUAUUUUAUUCUUAUUUUUAGUAAUUUCGUUAAAUCGAAUUUACCAAUACCACCAUUUCACCAAAUUAAUGAUCUCUUCUCUAUGAAGAAGGGAUACACUAUUGACUAUCCAAAUUCCUUUAUUGGCAAGUACCAAAUAGAAUAAUGCUAGUUAGUGGUUUACAACGUUCAUAUUAAAUUAUCGAGAGUUAUAACUUGUAAAUUGUUGUAUAAUAUUUGUCAAUCCAUGUAACUGAUAAGUCUGGAUCAAAACACCUUUUUCACUUGAAUCCUGCCGAAAAUGGGCGUGAUAGAUACAGAAAAUGUGGGUGGGGUAUACAUAUAAGAAUAGAUGGCUUUUGUCCGGUUUUAGUCAGUGGGUCCUCAUGUGGAAUUCGUGUAAAAGUUUUUUAACCGAUCGGUUUCGGUUAUGAUUUCCCUAAAACCGAACCUCGGUUACCGGUUACGUUUACGUGUAAAAACCGAACCGACAUUUGCUCACCCCUAUCCACAAAAGAAUCACAGGCCCGAGCCCAGUAGUCUCAAGUGGUCACUGGCAAUAUGGGCUCAGGUCUUCAGCCCAUCCAAACUCCUCCAAAAGGGCCAACACAACCCGUUCAACAUUAAAAUAGUAAUAGCAUGUGGCUCGAACCCACCGGGCUCAAGUUCUAAACCACUAAUGCACCCAAGAUAGUGUUACAGACUUACAGAACCGCCACUUACCUUGUGGUUAGAGCUAGCAUUGAGCCAGUAAUCGAACCAUUGUACCUUCUCUUCGUCCCCAAAAAACAAUGUCCAGAGACUUCUUUCUUGAUUCUUAAGUUUAUAUAUAAUUUGUAUGUAUGUAUGUAUUUAUAAAAAGAAAUUAUAUUUUUCUGGCAGUUGUGCUGGCAUGUGUUGUUGUUGCCUCUUGGAUAUAUGCUUCUAGGUAGUUGAAGGAGGUGAUAUCUGACUUCUCUAUCAGUUAUGACAAUUGAUAAGAGUUGGAUUAAAUUGGGAAACCGGAAUUCUCCGGAUUUCUUAAAUGGUAUUCGCAACUUUAUAGAGAUUGCCAAGAACCAUGUCAACGAUCAAGGCAAAGCGUUUUGCCCAUGUAGACGAUGUUGCAAUGGGAUACGACAUGAUUUGAAAACAAUAGGAAACCACAUACACGAGAGUGGGUUUCUGUCAUCAUACCGAACAUGGCAUUAUCAUGGUGAGGAACAUCCACAGGCUGAGGAGAUAGCAGCCCUUUUUUCUCACCGAACACAUACUCUCACAACAAGCAAUGAGAUGUUUGACUUAAUUGAUGAUAUUAUGGCGGAACAACCUACUCAUACCCCAGGAGCUACACCUACUGAAGGAACAAGUACUCCAGCAACAAAUGAUGGAAUUGGUUUAGACCCAGAAUUUGAUGAAUUGUUCUCUAUACCGAGUUAUACCCCGGUUGUAGUUGGAUGUCUUCCCUAAGCGGCCUAGCAAAAUUAAUGCAUAUGAAAGUCAUCAAUAAAUGGACAGAUAGUUCAUUUGACCAACUUUUAGAGUUUUUAAGAGUUGCAUUGGCAUUGCCAAAAGAAAAUAAGAUUCCAGCCUCACACUAUGAAGCUAAGAAGAAGAUGAGUCGCUACAGCAGUCGAAAGAAUAAACUGCAUGUUCAUUUUCGGGCAGUUGGAGGUGAUAAGGAUGUUGAUAGAGCAAAGAGUUGCCCACCAAAGAAUUAUGAUUCGCGAAAGUGGGUUGACCUUAUUGAUAUAUUGUUCACGGAUCCUGACUAUAUAAGACGAAGCAAUGCAAAUACAGAAAACAGAAAAAAGCAAAGAUACCCUAGUACUUAUCAUGGUAGUCAAUCUUAUGCUCAAAGGCGAUACAUAGAGGAGCAAAAAACAGGAAGCCCAAACUAUAUUGCUGUUUUUGAGAAGACACAUUACAAGGAAGGGCGGGGAUGGGCAAACGAUAUUUGUGCAGCAGAUUGGGGUAAAAUUCAAGACGAGUUAGCUAGAGCGUCGAGAGAUGUUGAUGAUACUUCACCAGUUGAUGAACUCGAGGUGCUCAAAAGUGCCUUGGGUCAUAGGUAUGGGCACGUACGCGGUGUUGGUCGUGUUGUUAAAAAUGUCACCCAUGAAAUAUCGAGCUCAUACCCCCUGCCACGACAACAAUUGGAAGAAAUGCAACAAAUGCGACAAGAAAUACAAGAAAUGCGACAACAACAAGUGCAAGUGCAACCAUUCUCAAACCAAGCAAUAAUGGAACUACUACAACAACAACAACAACAACAACAUGCGUUUCAAAUGCAACAAAUGGAAGCACAAUUUCAAUGCCGACUUAAUGAAUUGAAACGAAAAAUGCGUCAAGUUGACGAAGAUGAUGAAGAGGAUGAUUAGAAUUAGAUAUUUGCAUUAAACUUUUAAUUUGAAGUUUGUACUUGAUAACUAAUGUUUAUUUUGAAGCUUGGACUUGAUAACUAUGACGAAUAUUUUGUAUUUUGAAUCUUUAGUAUAAUAUGUAGUUUUGAAAUUUCAUGUUUAA